CUCACCCAACCCGCCGCCCGCCGCCGCGCCUACCACUCGCACGACCACCCGCCGCCGCCGGGGCCCUUCACGCCCGCCGAGCAGGCCCUCCUGUCCGCGGCCUACGCGCGCGUGCCGCAGCACGGCUUCACCGCCGAGGCGUUGGCGCUCGGCGCGCGCGACGCUGGCCUGCUGGACAUCAGCCCCGCGGUGCUGCCUGACGGCGGCGUGUUCGGGCUGAUCCGGUGGCACCUGUACACGCAGCGGACGGCGCUGGCGGGGAAGGUGGAGGAGAUUUUUGGCAGUAGUGGUGGUGGUGGUCGUGACGGGGGUGACGGGGGUGAGGCACUUGGAAAGGGCCAGGCCCCGUUGACGACGGUCGCGGACAAGGUCGAGGCGCUGGCGUGGGCGAGGUUGCAGGCGAAUGAAGCUAUUGUUGGGCAUUGGCAGGAGGCCCUCGCCAUCAUGGCUCAACCGUCGUACGUCCCCGCCUCGCUGAAAGAACUCGCGCUCUUGGCCGACGAGAUCCUCUAUCUUGCCGGCGACGUGUCGGUCGACCCGUCGUGGUACACCAAGCGGGCGUCGCUGUCGGCCAUCUACGCCGCGGCCGAGCUGUUCCAGACGACGGACCAGUCGCCUGGCUUCCGCGAGACGCGGGCCUUCCUGCGGCGUCGGCUCGACGAGGCCGCCCAGGCCGGCGCGACGGUGCGUUCGGUAGGGGAGUGGCUUAUCUUCAACGCUGGUGCGGCCGUGAACGUGCUGCGGAGUAAGGGGGUACGGAUAUAG